GAUCUUUCAGAAACAAAACCUUCACUGCAGCACAUUAUAAACACAACACUGACGACCCGUAUCUCCAAACAAUUCUUCUUCUUUCCCACUACUUUUGGCAACAUGACGUGCCUUCUCUCUGCCGUCUGAACACGGUUUCACGUACAGUCUUUGAAGCUAACAUGCAUAUUAAUGAAGUUGCAGCGCAAACAUAGUGGAGCGCGCUGAUUAGUUUGAACCAAGCCUUACUCAUGAAUGAAUGCAGCACACUCAGAGACGUAAUACGGGACUCCCAGGUACAGACGUUCAGUCUACACACUGGAACACACUCUAAGAUCUCAUGGCCGUGACGCAGCUUCAAAAAUUAAUUUCAAACAGGAAGUACGAAUUUGCUGGAAAUAUGGUAAAAACAACCGAUUUUCACUCUUUAGCGAGAUAUAUGUGUCCUAAUAGUGUUUUUAGCAGUGUGUGACACAUAUACGACUGUCAACAGCUCAGCACAUGCGUGACCCUUUAGGCAAUACACAAACUAUUCUUAAUGUUUAUAAUGAACAGAUCGAUUCAUUGUAGAUGUAUGGCACACAUUACCAUCACCUUUUUGAAAUGUACACUAUAUAUUGUGUAGCUGCAAGUUUACACAUGCAUAUCUACUGUCCACCCUUUUGACUGUAGCACAAUAACGUGCACCUUUAUUUAAACAGUGCAAUAAAGAUCCAGUCAUAAAGAUAAUUUUUUUGUAAACCACUUUCGUUUACAUUUCCUGGCACUGCUACCUGGUCGAAGAAAAUGAACACAUGCGAAAGUGAACUCUCGCAUAAUGAUUAAACACUUCCAUCCAACUUCAUAUAAAUAGCAAAAAGUGCUACAAUUCUCAUCUCAGUCGUCGUUUUUGUCUGGACAUGGCUGAAUGACAAUCAUCACCACCUUCUGAUCUUAUCACUGCUCCUGGAAAAAAAAAGAAGAUUAAAUCGACAGCAGUAUUCUUCGGUAGGUUAAAGAUUAAGAGUGAUCAUAACAUUACCAAAUAAUUUGUGAUUCUGCAUUAAAAGCUCUACGUUUCUGUACUUCCUCCAGCUCUAUUCUGAGGGUUUUGAUUGGAUCAAGAUGCUGCCAAUCAUUAAAGCUCUUCUGAUUUUAGCAGCUCUUGGACAGGUGAGGUCCAGUUUCAGUGUGAAUAUUAAAGACAUCAGUGUUCAUGAUGUGCUCAGUAGCCUUAUUAUCAUCAUCAUUGCUGCAGGAUCUCACGACAGCUGAAGCAAAGAAUCUGGAUAUGGCGCUGAAAUCUGUUGAUGAUCAAUAUGAGGGCUGCGUUAAUAACAUGACUCGUAUGGUGACGACGGUGUAUAUGAAGAAGGAAACAUCUGAUCCUAAAUCUAAUUUCACAAAAGCUUGGGAAGACGGUGUAAAGAAAGCCAAAACUCCAACAGAUGCAAACUUGAAAAUGAAUCAUUCAAUCGCCAUUUAUGUGUACACUGAUGAUCGAGUGUACAGCACGUUCAAUAAGGCUGUCAGUAGUGAUAAGAACAGAUACAAAGCUAAGAAAUACAGCUGGUAUUCACUUCACUUUUGGUUAACGGAAGCCGUACAGAUUCUGAGAAAAAACCAAGGCGUGUGUAAGACAUCAUAUCGGGGUACAAAAUUCACGUACAGCACCAAGAAUGUUGUUGGCAAAGAGGUUCGUUUCGGAUCAUUUGCAUCCUCCUCUUUUAAACGAGCAGUAGCAAUUAAAUUUGGAGACAAGUCUUGCUUUGUGAUCUACACUUGUCAAGGUGCUGAUGUGCAGAAGUACUCUAAAUAUCCUUUAGAACAAGAGGUGCUGAUUCCCCCUUAUGAGACGUUCACAGUCACAGCUGUCAAGACUAAAACAGAUGACCCGAAUCUGUGGUGUGACUCUGUGUUUACUUUGAGCAGUGUCAGAAUAGUAAGCAAUGUCAACUGUGCCGCCGCAUCCAGCAGUGGGAAACCAGUUGCUUUCCUCAGUGUUGUGUCAAUUUCAGCUUUACUUUGCUACGUGUUUAAGUACUAGCCAGCUAAGCCCUUUCAUUUAAAAAUACCUUGAAUUAUACGAACACGGAUAUCAAAUUGUUGCUAACACGCAUGUACGUAUUUGUAAUUACAAUGACAAAAAAAUAAUAAUGUAAGCUUGACAUUAUUUUAAAAUGAAAUUAUAUGUGUAAAAAUCCAAAUAUGAACGUGUAUGUCAUUAACUGUAUGUAAAAUGCAAAUACUGCCAUGGGUCAUAUUUCUGUGUGGGUACUGCAUGUUUCUUGGGUUUGAUCACAUCAUUAAAAGCACCUUUGUUUUUAAAGCAAAUCCAUCUCUCAGAUAGUUUUUCUCUCUCCCGAUUUCUCUUUGAUGAACA